UUUCCCUCCUUGAUGCGAACUCGAAACCUCUUGGUUGAAAGUGGAGCGCUCUCACCACUAGAGAAACCUCUCUUGUUGGUCCACGUGUAUUAUUUUCUGCUUCUGACAGAAAUUAUCUCCUCAGAUUCUUCAUCCGCUACAGAAAAACAUUUGCAAACCUCUUCUUCGAUGGUUCUUAAGCGUCUUACUUCAGAGCGACGCAAGUCUUUUAAUGAGAAGGAGUUAACAAAUCCUCCAACUUCAAAUCAUCUCAAGUCGUUCAAUGAUAAAGAGUUUGCAAAUCCUCUGAGUGUGAAGAGAAGCAGUUCAGUGCACUUAGCCUACUAUCCGUUAGCUGAUUUGCAGAAUGCAACUGGUAACUUUGCAAGUUCUCGCCUUCUUGGUGAGGGAUCAAUUGGUCGAGUAUACAGGGCAAAAUAUCCAGAUGGCAGGGUUCUGGCGGUAAAGAAAAUAGACUCCUCUUUUUUCCAAGAUGGGCAGUGCACAGAAUUGGCAGACAUUGCUUCCAAAGUUUCCAAGCUUCACCACCCAAAUAUUGCUGAAGUGCUUGGUUAUUGUUCAGAACAGGGACAGAAUAUGUUAAUCUAUGAGUAUUUUAGGAAUGGUUCACUUCAUGAAUUCCUACAUGUGUCAGAUGACUUCAGCAAACCGCUUACAUGGAAUACAAGAGUCAGAAUCACUCUAGGUGCCGCUCGUGCUAUUGAGUACCUGCAUGAGGUUUGUUCUCCAUCCUGUCUCCACAGGAAUAUAAAAACUUCGAACAUCUUGCUAGACGCUGAACUGAAUCCUCGUCUCUGUGAGUGUGGCUUGGAAAUGUUUCAUGAGCGUGCAAGUAGAAACUUGGAUGCUGGAUACACUGCUCCAGAAUGCACAAAACCUUCUGCUUAUACUUUGAAGAGUGAUGUUUACAGCUUCGGAGUUGUCAUGUUGGAAUUAUUGACAGGGCGAAAGCCUUUUGACAGUUCAAAGCCAAGAUUAGAGCAGUAUCUGGUCCAAUGGGCAUCGCCCCAACUACAUGAUCUAGAUGCCUUGGAAAAAAUGGCUGAUCCUGCUCUGCGUGGACUUUAUCCUCCUAAAUCCCUCUCUCGAUUUGCCGAUGUUACUGCUUUGUGUGUGCAGUCGGAGCCAGAAUUCCGACCACACAUGUCUGAGGUGGUGCAGGCACUAGUCCGUUUAGUGCAAAGAUCGAGCUUGAGCCAGAGAGAGGAUCUAAGUGCAUCUCGGCGGAUAGAUGAUGACUACUGAUACUGAGAAAACCAGUUCUCGGCCAAAAGUGAAGGAGCCACACUUCCUUACCAAGUGGGGAAGAGGAUAAGUGUACUUAUGUUUCUUUACGUUACAAGGAUGAGGCAAACCAGGGACACUCUAGAAUAGGGACCAAUCCCCCCGACCCCCCCUUCCCCUCCAAAAAAACAAAUUCCCAAUCUAUUCAGACAUACAAAAAAGUGGCAACAUUUUUUGCUUAUAUCGUCUUCUCCUUUACGAAAAUAUAGUGUUAAGAGCAUAGUGGAUUUACCCAUCAAAGGACCGAAGACUCUUGUACGUGAGGUGCGUACUUUGAAUAUCCAAACCGCUUUACAGUAUACUAUUCUUGAUUUCGUAUAAUUCUUUUGAAGUUUAGUUCAAUGAUCGGUUUGUCAUGGCACA